UGUAGUCUUCUGGGAGUCAUAACCCACAAGUUGAGAAACACUGCCCUGAAGGUUUUGAGCAGAGAAGUACAGGAAUCCUCCUUUUAUCUUUAAGGAUAAUUUUACUUACUGUGCUUGUGUAAGCUGUAUGAGGGCAGGAGAACAAGAGAUUGUUUCAACUAUUCAGUACAGAAAGCAUGAUGGUGUGAGUGAGUUAUGGUGGCCAUAGGGCUGGUGUAAAGCAUUCACAUCCUAGAUAAAGUUUGGAAAUAGAAGCAGCAGUAGCCACUUUGGGGGGAGAGGGUCUGUGUAAAGAACAAAAUAAUCAGGAGUUAGUUUUAUACGUGUCUAAGAUGCCUAUUAGGUGUUUAAUUAUAAACACAAAAAGGUCAAAUUUUUAAAAAUUGAACUUUGGCAAUAAACCAUAAUGACAAGGAUAGGAAUGGAACCAAGGAGUGAAAUGAGCCUUCCUCAACACUAAAGUUGGAAGGCAAGCCAGGAAGAGGAUGAAUCAUUAAAGUCGUUUAGAAAGCUAGCACCCAAUGAAGGAAGUGACCCAAAAGCCAAAUGAAGACACAGCUAAGGAGAGGGUAUAUGAAAGCUACUGACUUAUCUAAAGUAAACAUUUUAUCAUACAGUUAGAAUUAUUCAAGCACAUAUAUAUUUUGUGUUUGUGUGUGCACACUAAUAAAAACAAGAAAGCUGAGACUGGGCGAAGGUAAGUAAUCUAAAAUUCAGUUAAAGAUGGGUUGCUGCUACUCAAAAAUCAUGGCUUUUAAGCCUUGCUCUUUCUAGCUUUCAAGUAAUAGGUUUCAAGAGUAUAGAAGAGAGUGGAUAAGGACAGGUAAUGGAGAGUGGGUUAAUCCAGCCUUACUAAGAACAAGGGACGGGCACAGGUUGAGUCUGAGUGCGAUGCCAUGCUUAUUUAUCAAUGUGUUUAGAAGCCGGUUUCUCUUUUCUAUGCCUCUGUAUUCUAUGAGUUAUGGUGAAGGGCUGUGGCUCUACAAGAGUUUCAAUCUGAAAAUUAUCCAUUUAUUUUAAAAGUUAACUUUUCCAUUUACUCAUGGUAAUCCCAGCCAGAAAAUAUCUCCAUAUGUGGUGGAAGGGAUACUACCAAGGAAAUUUUAAGUUAAUUACAUUGUUGGGAAAAUCUGUGGUCUAGUAGAAAAUAUACAGUCUUUGCAAUCAGAACAGGCCUGAACUUUCAAAGUAUAAAGCCACAGGGUCAAUUUUGAUGCACUGCAAGUAUUAAGCCUUAGAAACUGAAGGAGGGCCAAUUAAACGUAUAGGCUUAGUGAUCAAGCAUAAUAAAGCCCCUACUUAAAGUCUCUUUAAAAAUGUUUAAGUGUGUUUCUGUAUAUAUGGGUACUGAUGUGGAGGUCAGAGGACAACUGGUUGGAGUCAGUUCUCUCCUUCUACCAAGUGGAUUCCUGACAAUAAGGAGGCUAAUUGGUACGUUGGAGGUAGACACAAAUCAUAAACUCAAAAUUACCUGUAGAGGAAUUUCUACGUUGAUCAGUAACUUAACAAGUCACAGUACAACAAAAGUAUGGGCCCUAGAAACGAGCUUCUGCAGGGUAAAUCAACGCCCAUCUCCUUGCUCCACAGAGCCUCUAGAUGGAGUAGACAGGAAUGGCACCUUUGUCAAGGGUUCCUCUGCAGCUUUGGAAUGACUCAGCUUAAAAUACCUUAAAAUAAUGGUGCGCUGGUUUUGAAUUGUACUAGAGGAAGGCAUAUUCUUGACUUGAGUAAUAACACUGUUGUGAAAGGAUCCCUGUUUAACAUGGAACCCUGUUUGGUUUCUGUGGGUGGCUGGUUUCGAACUAUCCAGUGUAAUGACUCUGUAACAAUAUCCUAGAGCCUAUCUUCCUCAUACAAUGUGGACCUAAAAUGGAAGCCAUCAUAUGAGAAACACCUGUAGUGUAAAGAACUUCUAAUGCCUCGAACACUGCACUGAGUUAGGAUGGACUCAGCCAUGAUCUUACUUUAUAUUUGAUCAUUUGUAUAUAAAUUGGCAGUUUGAAAAAGAAAAUUAAAAUCAGUGUUGGGGUUGGAAAUAGGUCUGAUGUGGAAAUGCUGUUACAUUUCAAAUGGAAAACACCCUUACACUUACAUUAAUCAUCACAGUCUAUUCAGAGACUACUAUAUUUUAAUGUUUAGUCAAUCUUCAAAAUAUGUCCCACUCACUAAAUGUAUGCACGUUAUAAUUUACAUACGUAUUAAAAACAGCAGGGUACGUUUUAAGUGAUGGUUAGCCAAAGGAGUGAAGAGAAGGGGCUGUGACUUCCUUUUUACAAUUUUUAAAGGUUUAUUGCAAUGGUUUUUAUAAUUAAAGUUAACAUUCUACAUGAAGUACAUUGAAGAGAUUAUAAACUUUUAAAUUAAAAGAGAAAUUCUUUUCGUCAUGAUUAGGAUAAUACAAGGCAUUUUGUCGAAAUACUUUCAAGUCCCAAGAUGUCCUCCUAGUUAACUAAAAUUUAACACCAAUGAAGUUAAACUUUUUGUUUCAAAUGUUGAAAAUGAAGCAUUGAUUUUAAUAAAAUCUAAGAAAAGCGUUAAGAAGCCAUAUUUUAGCUUUCUAAGUUCUGUAUUACCUCACUAUUUCGCAUUUUUUAAACCGUAAAAUGUACUUCAGAAAGGAUUUUGCCUUCUAUCUCCCAGCUAACGUUUGCAUUUUCUCCAUCUGCUUGGACGUGGAGUUAUUUUAAUUGCUUCUUCUUCACACGUUCUGGAGAAAGUCUUUCAGACUUUCUAAACGCCAGAGAAGUGCCUGGAAUUGGUUAAGCACCCUGCUUCUGCUCUAGGGUGCCAUGGAACUUCCCAGCCCCUCACCAUUUCUCUCCGAGAGGUCUCUGUCCCCGGGGAGAGGCGGCGCACAGCAUCCCGGGCGCCCGCGGAGAGCACGGCCGCCCCCCGGGAGCCAGGCGCCGAGGGGCCGAGCCCAGCGCCCGCCUUCCGCGCUGGUUGGUGGAGGGAGCCGGAGAGCGGCGCGAGGACAGCCUCGGCGGGGCUCGGGCGGGAAGGCGCGGGCCCGCUCGCCCCCGGCGGUCCGGAGCAGGCGUCGUGCCGCCGGGUAAGAUGGCUCCGCUUCCCACCGGCCCAGCUUGCUCCCCACCGGGCCGUGGGGCCCUGGGGCCGCCGAGGCCGCACGACCCCCCGCCAGCGCCGCGCGAGCCGGGGGCCGCCGAGCGCCGCCCGCCGCAGACAAAGCUGACAACAUGGCUCCCUCCGCCCGGCAAGUUGCUCGCAAGUUGCGGCGCGGCCGGCGUCCCUCAACUUCAAGUUUCCCUCGCAUGGCCGCCCUCCCGCCGGCCGCCGGCCGCGGCCCACCCCGCGCGAGGCCGGGCCGGGAAACUUUAACGUCCGCCGCCGCAACUGACAGCCCGGCGCCACUCGCUCACCUUCAGACAGGUCCUCGAUGCACUCGAAGGUGAUCUCGAACUGGAACGGGUUGUAGAAAGGCGACGGGUUAUCCAGCACCACUACAUUGUUCACCUGAACCUUUGCCAUAUUUUGAAGAAAACACAAACAAUGGGGCCGGGGCUGGCGGCACCACCGAGUCCCGCGCGCGGCCGCUCCGAGAGCGCAGACCCCCGCCCCGGCGCGGCGCGGCCCGACGUCGUGCAGCUGCGACUUGAGAAACUUUUUUUUCCUUUUUAUUUACACGGCGGCACUCCACGGUGUUUUGCAGCUUUCCUAUUUCACUAAACUACAGCCCAUUCUGCCCUGAUAACUAGCAGCGUUGCCCGCGAUUGGCUGCCCCCGAGCUCUGACCCUCCUCCUCCAGCGAGGGCCGCGGCGGCGAGCAAGAUGGGCUCCCGCUCGCAGAACGGACGGGAAACUUUCACUGCGGCUCCACCUGCUGGUGCGGACCAGGACAAAGGCGCAGAACAAAGUCUGACCGUGACAGCUGUCAAAGACUCAGGAGAAUGGAAUCUAGAGGCUGGGGCUUUGGUGCUUGCAGAUGCUGGUCUCUGCUGUAUUGACGAAUUUAACAGCCUCAAAGAACAUGACAGGACAAGCAUCCAUGAAGCAAUGGAGCAACAAACCAUAAGUGUUGCUAAGGCUGGCCUUGUUUGUAAGCUGAACACAAGGACCACCAUCCUGGCAGCAACUAACCCCAAAGGCCAGUAUGACCCCAAGGAGUCUGUGUCUGUGAACAUUGCCCUCGGGAGCCCACUCUUAAGUCGAUUUGACCUUGUCCUGGUUUUGCUCGACACUAGGAAUGAAGACUGGGAUCGUAUCAUUUCUUCCUUUAUCUUAGAAAAUAAAGGUUAUCCAAGCAAAUCAGAGAAUCUGUGGAGCAUGGAGAAGAUGAAAACCUACUUCUGCCUCAUUCGGAAUCUCCACCCCACACUGUCUGAAGUGAGCAAUCAAGUCCUCCUUCGAUACUACCAAAUGCAAAGGCAGAGUGAUUCCCGGAAUGCAGCCCGGACAACCAUCCGCCUGUUAGAAAGCUUGAUCCGAUUAGCAGAAGCUCACGCUCGCCUGAUGUUCCGCAGUGCCGUGACUCUGGAAGAUGCCGUUACAGCUGUAUCUGUGAUGGAGUCUUCAAUGCAGGGAGGUGCUCUGCUAGGAGGUGUGAAUGCUCUCCACACUUCCUUCCCUGAAAACCCCCGUGCACAGUACCAGAGGCAGUGUGAACUCAUUCUGGAAAAGCUGGAACUCCAGGGCCUCUUGCAGGAAGAACUUCGAAGACUGGAAAGGUUACAGAAUGAGAGUGUACACCAAUGCCAGUCACAUUCACUAGAGGAGGAGGUGGCUCCAGGUUCCUGCAGAAAUGAUCCCAGGGACAAGCCAAGGCUCAGGACUUCAACACAGCAGGAACAGAGCUGUAGCUGGAGUUCCACAGAGAGAUCUGGUGCAGACUCCCCGCCUGGUCCAGGGCUUAAUAGACCAACAAGUUGUAACAACUCAGCUGAGAACAGAGAUGGCAGAGGUGACGGUUUAGACUGGUUGGACCCCACAUCAAGUCCUGAGAUUGCACCAGAAAGCACUAUUGUGUCUCCCAAUGUGAAAACAACUGAGAAAAAUGUGAAUUUGAAAAUCUCCAACAAUAAAUCUCAGGGCAAGGAGAAGCAUGGGCCACAGCAAAGAAGCAAAUUAUUAGAAGCUGGACAUCUUCCAUCAUCAGGAGCCAUGAAUGCCCCCUUACGGUCUCACGGUGUUAAGCGUACAAAGGCAAGUCAGGCAGUGGUUGUAUCUGAAGCAGGACGGGGUGAUGAAGAAGACUCUGUGCCCCGAAGACUCCCCAAGCUGCUGAAGGAGGGGUCACAGAAUGUGUGCAGAAGCACAACCAGAGUGCGACCACUGCCACCCACUGUCCCUCUGUCCCUGUCUAUCCCUUCACCUGGGUCAGGAAAAAGAUCAGGAACACCCAAAAGAAAGAGACGGAAAUCUGCUCAGGUGGAAGAGCCUGAACCUGAAGGUAUGGAGACUCCAACAGUAAAGCUGGCCAAAUUCACAUUUAAACAGAAGACAAAACUGACCCACUCCCCCGAAGGCCAAGGCCCCAUACCUCCCAGUGCUAGUGAAAUAGCAGUUGACAGUUCUAAAAUUCCCCAACAAAGAACAAGAAGAGAAGCAGCUGUGCCUGUGGUAGCGCCAGGAAAGUCGACAUCCACCUCAGGAGACAGAUGCUCUGACCAGCUGCACGGAAAGACAAAGGAGCUCUCAAGGCAGCCACCAGACAGUAAUCCACCAAGAGAGGAGAGGGAACAGGGCCCCAAAAGAAGGGUUAUUCAGCCCAAACCGGAGCUUGGGAACCAGGCUGGGCAUUCGCAUCUAGCCUGUGAGAAAGACAGAAAGGAAGGGGUUUCCUGCGGUAAUAAAAGCAGCAAGGUUCAUGCUGGCACCAUAGCCAGACUGGCAAGCUUCUCCUUCACUUCCCCAUCAGAAUCCAAAUCGGAAUCCCUCCCUCCUGAAAGGAAGGACAGCAGGGACAGCAGGGACAGCAGGGACAGCAGGGACAGGUGCCACAGCCCUCCUGCGACCACAGCUCCAGUGCUCGGCCAGCAAAGGCAGACUUUCCAGCUGCAGCAGCCCACAGAGAGAGCGAAUCUUUCCACCCUCUCCCUCUUCACUCUGUCGGAACUAGAUGACGAAGCAUUAGAUUUUGACUGGGAGGAAGAGAUGAGGAAAAAGCCAUGAUUAGGAAAAGCUUUCUGGUCACAGUUGUCUUCCCCAGUCCAACCAAGUGCCUUCAAAGUAUACAAGUGGCUACAGGUGUGCACACAGUGUGUAGUACGUGCGUGGCCCUGCCGAAGCCCAACUCCCUUGUCAGGUUCAUCUUCAUCACCUAAAUGCUGAAUAAUUAAUUGCGGUUGGUGUGAUAUCAAUACUUUGGAUGAAUGAAUUAAUGCUCAUUUCACAAAAGAUGACUUAACAUCCAGGACGUUCUAGUUUUUCACUUGGUUUUUGUUUUUGUGUUUUUGGUUUUUGGUUUUUGGUUGAUUGGUUGGUUCAUUUUUGUUGUAUUGGUUUUGUUUGGGGGUUUGGUUUGGUUUUUACUAGAGGAGUUCUAUUCUGAGCUUCUUCUCUCACAUAUCCAGACCAAAUGGCAGGAUGGUGGCACUCAGAAAUCUAACAAGGCAGCUAAGUGCUUUCUGUUUGCUUUGCAUUUCCUGCCCAAUAUGUACUGAAUGCGGUGUUUAUUAACAUUUGGAAUGACUUGCCGAAAUCAUGUGGUUUUUCUCAUGCCUCUAUGUUAAUUCUCACGCAUCAGAUUAAAAGGGGCUGGUGGUUUUCUGUCUUCAAGAUGCAUGCUUUCAUUGGACAGCGUCCCCGGGGAAGCCACACCGUAGCUUACAGAAACACUGGCCCUUGGAUUUGUUCCCCUUGUGCCAGCACGCACGCCUUGCCUUUCAUUCCUUUUUGCUCUCAGAGCUUACCUUCAGUACAACUUAAAUCAUGUGGUUAGAAGAGAAGCGAGCUCCGGAAGGCCAGCUGUAGCCCUGUCACAUCUGCAAUGGCAUCAGUAUGGAAACGUGAUCCCUGAUAGCUUCUCAUCUGUUUGUCUUUUUAUAAAACCAAGAACGUUGGGUUGGGAUAUGGCUCAGAAGAAGAAUGUAUAUGUAGCGUGUAUGACAUUACUUAUUACAUAAGUAAUAAUAAAAUAAAACGGAGAAGUUUCCCUGUCUGGUGGGCAGAGAUGACUAAA